AGCAUGCCGUUACCAGCAAAUGGCAAACCAUUGUGCAUAUGUCAGAUCUGUGAAUGCGGUCGACACAGAUGCCCGCACUCACCAGCCAAACCUAAAGUGGAAAAGCAGUGUCUUUUAACAGAAUAUAAAAAUGUUUACACUGGAAAAUCGGCGGAACGGGCCAUGCCAAUCAAACCUCAGGUGGUAUUGAAUCCCAACCCAUCUCCGUUCUCAAAAGACACAACUACUAAUCUAGCAUACAUCGCUCACCAGGUUCAUCCUCCCAUGCAAAGAGAAAAACAGGUUUGGGUACCCUCCGCAGUGCCACUUGGAGAGCAGCACAACAGUACGAGACCACUUCGUCAAACACGACCACGUGCCCACUAAAUCCAAACGACCUGAGAUGUCCAUACACCGGAAUCCUGGCAAGAUAUCCGAGCUGACAUCCCACCGUGCUGACUACACAUUGAAACACGCUGACAAGGUCACCCCAGCAGGGGAUUACAGCAGUUUGACGUGUGUGCCAGGCCCUUUCGAUAGUUCAACAACCCAGAAGUCAGACUAUGUAGAAUACCACGCACGGCCCCGCUCUAGUUACACCCCGCACCGAGAAUACAAGAAACCCACCGUACCCAUGGACGGACUAACAAAUCACAAGAGCGACUAUGCUGCCUGGGACCUACCCAAGAAAAGUGUCAGAAAGUCGAUACAGUUUGUGCCCACAACGGGUAAAACAGGAACGACCACCUUCCAGAAUGACUUCACUGGUCGACCAACUAGACGACCAUCACCUUGUCUACCUCAGCAGGGUAACAUGGAACGGGGCGAGUUUUACGGCUCAACUACAUUCCGUGAGAACUUUGUAGCGUGGCCAGUGGCUCCCCCCAAACAGCGGGUCCCCUCUGCUCACAUUCCUCCAGAUGGUCCCCUGGAGAGUAAGACUUGUUACAGGGACGACUUUGGGGCUAAAACCGCUCGACCGGUGAGUUGCAAGCCAAGACUGGAGUACAGACGUCCCUCUGGUGCCAUGGCAACAAGCACGACCCACCGAGAUACAUUCCAGGGAUGGAAUGUGAAACCAGCCACCCCAGCUCAGGACUACCACGUGAGGACCACACCACCACCCUUCCAGGGUCUCAGUACUUACAAGGAGCACUACAACGAGUGUGCAGGACUGCCAGCCGGGCUUCUCGCUCCCCCCAACACUUACACUAAGUCAGACAAACCUCUUGAUGGGAUAACUACUUACUCGCGAGAUUUCAAGAAGAAAGAGAGGACAGUGUGCCUUGUGCCCCGCCUCCCACCCACACCCGACCUACUCAAAUCAGGCCACAAAUUCUACAACAGCUCUGUUAAUAACAAGCUAUCUGCUGCAAGGGUCGUUCAACCUACCGUGGCUUAGUCAAACACAAGGAUAUUUUUUGUAGGAACAGUGUGGUACACAGUGACAUUUUUUUGUAGAGACAGGCUCAAAGACGACGGAGAUAUUUUUGUAGAGAUAGCAUUAUAAUCCAUACUUGUUAAUAUUCAGUGUAAAAUAGUGCCUGUGUGUUCAUAUCAUGUAAAAUAUUUCUGGAUUUUCAUUUCUUACCGUUCUGUACAGUAGGUCUAACAUUGAUUCUGUUCAUUUUAUGUUCAUUUUCUGUUCAUUUUAUGUUCAUUUCUGUUCAUUUUCUGUUCAUUUUCUGUUAAUUUUCCCUUAAAUAUAGAUAGUAUCUAGUAAUGCGUUUUAAAGAUCUUUACGACCUUUUUUUGCACAGAGAAUAUUAUUUGACUAGAUGAUGUUUAAACCUUAAUUUAGAAUUUUGAGUUUCUGACAAUGACUUUACGAGAGCUCCUUUAAUCUUUAACCUUUGAUUACACUCCCGAUAGUCCACAACUUAGCUGGAAUGUGCAAUUCAUCUCGUUUUGACAUAAAAAAGAAGAUAAUUUUAGCUGUAAUUGGGCUUCUGACUUUAGGUUUAGUUUUCAGAAGUACCUUAUUUAGAGGCUGGUUAUCUAAUUCACCUUGAUUGUGGAAUUGAGGGGUAAAAUAUUUUCAAUUAUUGUGUAGUAGUAGUGUUUACUAUCGAUGUUUAUAAAUGCUUUAAGCUGUGUUUUACAAGACAGUGUCUUUAAUUAAUAUUAUUAUUAUUGUACAUAGUAUUUUAUGGUAACAUUAUAUUUUUGUUGACAA